UUGCACGUGGACUGGCGAUUUAAUUUGUGCACAUCAGUCGGUCGUCGGUCGCCUCGUUCGUCGUUCUGUCUUAUAUUUUAUACUACUGGCACUGUAACAGCGUUAUUACUCGACAGCAGUUUGUGAAAUUGUGCCUUUUUCGAUCUGACGUCUCCUACAUUUUUCGUUAUAGUGGUUUUUGGUUAGCAACAGAAAAAUGGUUAAAAAGGGAAGACCACGUAAGAUGAAGAGCAAGCGUGUUCUUGCUAAGGUUCGCUACAAAGUACAGAAGAAGGUGAAAGAGCACAGACGGAAACUCAAAAAAGAAGAAAAGAAGAGAAGUCACAAGGAACCCAAGAAGGACAUCGGCGUCCCCAACCUAGCUCCCUUCAAAGAGAAUAUCCUAAAGGAAGCACAGGAUAGAAAAGCCAAGGCCGAAGAAGAGAAGAAGCGACAGAAAGACCGUCGUUUCAAGGAAGUCAUGAAACAGAGGAAGCUGGGUGAUCUGCGGAAGAAUGCCGAGAUGAGAGGCAAGGAAUUUGAGAAGAAGCAAGCCGGACGGGGCCCCAAAGACGACUCCACCACCCACAGUCCCAGAGACACGGAGACCUCCCGCAAGACUUACUACAAGGAGUUCAAGAAGGUUUUAGAGGCAUCUGAUGUCGUCAUACAGGUCCUUGAUGCAAGGGAUCCUCUAGGCUCUCGCUGCCCUCAGCUGGAGCAAGCAGUCCUGUCGGCCGGAGUCAACAAGAAAAUGGUUCUCCUCCUCAAUAAAAUCGAUCUGGUACCAAGUGAGAAUGUGGAGAAAUGGCUGAAGCAUCUCAGGAAUGAGUUUCCCACGGUAGCAUUCAAGGCGUCCACGCAGUUACAGAGACAAAACUUGGCUCAGAGCAAAGUGCCUAUAACGCUCUCCACCAAGGACUUGCUGCAGUCGAGUCGUUGUCUCGGAGCUGAGACACUCAUGAAGUUACUCAACAACUACUGCAGAAAUGCUGACAUCAAAAUGGCCAUCACUGUAGGAAUUGUGGGAUUUCCCAACGUGGGUAAGAGUAGCGUCAUCAACAGUUUGAAGAGAGCCAAAGCAUGUAGCGUGGGAUCGCAGCCUGGAGUCACAAAAUCUAAGCAAGAGGUGCAACUAGCCAAAAAUAUCAAGUUACUGGAUAGUCCGGGCGUUGUCAUGGCUACAACAAACAGUGAGGUUACCAUGGUGUUGCGCAACUGCAUCAAGAUUGAGGCUCUCGAUGAUCCCAUUUCUCCAGUUGAAGCAAUCCUCAGAAGGUGCAACAAGCAACAGAUCAUGUUGCACUACACGAUUCCAGACUUCAACGACGUGAAUGAAUUCCUGUCCCUUCUGGCCAAACGGCAAGGGAAACUGAAGAAAGGCGGAGUGCCAGACGUGGGCAAGGCAGCUAGGGGGACGCUCAUGGACUGGAAUAGUGGACGGAUAUCAUUCUACACGCAUCCCCCAGAGCAGCACAGUCUACCCGCCCACAUUGAUGCUAAGAUCAUAUCUGAGAUGGGGAGAGCGUUUGACAUCGGGUCCCUGGAGCAGGAUGACAAGCAGACAUUGGGAGUGUUACCACCAGUGCGACCCAGCAACACGAUACUAGUGGAGUCUGCGGGACUGACAAUGGGCGUGACCGAUGAGGAGAUGGGGAGCAGUACAGAUAUGGAGGCGGAGAAAGAUGACAGCGACAUUGAUGAUGAGGGAGAUGAUGAUGACGAUGACGAGAAGGCGGAGUUUCAGGAGGGGGAGGACUGGGAAGACAUGGAAGAUGUUGAGGACAAGCAGACGGAAGACGCACAGUUGGGCAAUGUGUCAGUCUCGCUGAAGUCCAAGACGUCCAAUCAGACACCAAGCAAGAGUGCUGUGUCAAAGGUCACAAGGUCAACCAGGUCAACUGUUACUCCCAGCAAACCUCAGAAGACAGCGACUCUUGGCAAUGAUCAACAGAACAAAUCCAAGAAGAAGGAAUUCAAGCAGAUACUCAAGAAAAGAAAACGAUCCGAUAAACUGGCUACAAAUCUCUCCAAUGAACUCACUCAGGCUAUGGACUUUCUUGGUAGCGCCAGCGACAAGGGUGACGAGCUCUACGACUUCAAUGAAGAUUUUGUGUAGAUGACAGGCCGACUACUCAGCCCAGUCAGCCUCACAUUUUUACAAAUCAAUGACUCAUUGAUGAUUUCAUAUGAUUUUAAAUGAUUUCUCUGUUAACCCUUUCCUUACGAUGGGCGACUUUUGCGACAAGAACUACCCCCCUGCUGAUUCCCAUGGGCAACUUUAGUCGACCAGGAAACCACACACAGAACACACUCAACACAGAUAUAUUUACUACUUUUCAGAAAGGUGGCAUGUUGAUAUGUUUGGCCGCCCA